AUGGCUAAUGCAGCUGAGCCUGUUCCGUCCUCGUCUACCUCGGCUUCCGAGCCCAUAACGACGUUGGCCAACCGGAACUCCAACCAAUACAGUCUUGAGCACCCACGUAACAAAGCUGAGUACGUACUCUCGACGCUGGACAAGGUUGUGAAUUGGGCACGGCAAGGGUCUAUGUGGCCGAUGACUUUUGGUCUGGCCUGCUGUGCCGUUGAGAUGAUGCACAUGGCCGCUGCUCGCUACGACCAGGACCGUCUCGGUGUCGUGUUCCGUGCCAGUCCCCGGCAGUCCGACAUCAUGAUUGUCGCCGGCACAUUGACCAACAAGAUGGCUCCUGCUUUACGCAAGGUCUAUGACCAAAUGCCCGAGCCUCGUUGGGUGGUCUCCAUGGGCUCGUGUGCCAAUGGUGGUGGAUAUUACCACUAUUCUUACUCUGUGGUCCGCGGCUGUGACCGUAUUGUUCCCGUCGACAUCUAUGUCCCUGGAUGCCCUCCAACCGCCGAAGCAUUGCUUUAUGGCAUGCUGCAGCUCCAGCGCAAGAUGCGUCGGAACCGGAAGAGCGUUUUGUGGUAA